AUGACAUCCAUCCAUGUGUUCGGCCUGCUGGCCUCGCUCAUAUUUGCCUUCUGUAGUUUUUCCCUUGCUAUCGAGCACUCAGACGGCUCGUCCCCCUAUGGCGAUGGUUUCGCUCCAGAUGUUAUUCUUAAUGGCACGUCUUGGGACCAUGACUAUCCCGCUUUUGAGGGCACCAGCGCUCCAGACUUGGGCGGCGACAUCGAUGACUCCAACGGGACGGACAGCAGCCCAGAUCUGAGCCGUAGGGCCGCUCAAGACUUCUAUCUCCGAGUCAUGCCACUAGGUGCCUCCAUCACAGAGGGUGUGCAGUCUACAGACGGCAAUGGCUAUCGCAAAUGGCUCCGGUCUCAGCUCCGGUGGAUGGGCUGGAAAGUCAUUAUGGUUGGCUCCAAGGUGAAUGGCAACAUGGCGGAUAGGGAUAAUGAAGGCCAUUCGGGAUGGGUCAUCACCGAGAUUCAAUCUGCCUUUCGCUCGUCAGCAUGGAUGAUGCCCAACGUGGUACUGAUUAACGCCGGAACGAACGACUGCAACUACAACACAGAUCCGGGCAAUGCGGGUGCCCGCCUCAGGGGUAUGCUUGACGAAAUCUACAAUACCGUCCCCGGCGUGACCAUCAUCGUCUCCACCCUGGCAAGAAGCCGCAACACCGACAGCUGCGCGGGCAGCGUCAGCCAGCAGUACCGCGACCUGGUCAAGAACAGCUACCAGGGCGCGCGCAUCGCGGUGGCCGACUUCUACAGCGUCAUGCAGAUGAGCGACCUCUCCAGCGACGGCAUCCACCCGAACAAUUUCGGCUACAAGCUGUUUGCCGCGGUUUGGUGGGACGCCAUCAGGAGGGUCGAAAGCAGGAUCCAGCCCCCGGCGCAGGUUGCGAACCUUGACGACGCGGCUGCCAGUGCGGCGAGGACGUGCAACAAGGUUGCAGGCAAUGCCCGCGGCCCGGUCCAAUCUCAGGUUGGCAGUGGCCAUGACGACGGCAAAUACGUACACAAUAGGAUCGAGAAAGGGGCGCUCAUCUCAGCCCGUAUUGAGAAGAGAGAUGAUCCCAAGUCGAUCACGGAUGCAAUUCCGUGGCAUAUGUUCUUUGCCAACAUCGUAGUCAACAACCCGAACUUCAGCCGAAAGGAGGCCCUUGACGACUGGAUCCGUGUGUUCCACGAUACAAAUGGGAGAAACACAUACAACUACCGCCAGAAUCAGGGUAACGGAAACUUCGGACCAUCUACGACCUUCGAUGUUGAUAUGGAUUGCAAUUCCGGGCCAUGUGAGUGGACACAGUCUGCGCCGUAA